AUGGCACAAGCACAACCUCUCCCACCAGCGGCGCCCUCUGGGCUUCCGUCUCCGCGCUCCCCAACGUUGUCCUGCGCGGACAUGAUUCUGCCCGAGGCACCUCUGCGCAGUUUCUCCCCAAACCCCUACGCAGAGCGCCCGCCCUCACCGCCGAGCCUGUCCUAUACGUGCAGCAAGCGAGCCUCAAGUACCAUUACCGUGAUAUCUGCUACUCCCCAAGCCCGCCGCGAACCAUCUCCUCAUAUAAGAUCCCCGCCGCUUUCUUCAAGGUCCUCGCGCUCGACCCUGCGAACCAUGGGCAGCGCCGACACCUGCGCAAAGGGGAAAGAUGGCUCCCUGAGAACCGACAACACAAUUGCUUCCUCACCGACCAUUGCGGACGCGAUGUCACGAGAUCCACUGAACGACUGGCGGCAUCAUGAACAAAAGCGGUUGAGCAAUGCAUCGAGCUCCAUGCACAGCGAAGAUCUGGAGGAUAUGACUUGGCCCGCCUUCGACGGCCCCGGCGCUGCUGCUUUUGACGACAGCGGCGUGGUUCUUGAGGAGAAAGGGGAGGAGCGGGACAGGCUGCCUGAGAUUUCCGGCACUGAGGAUGAGAUGGAGAAUGAGGGAUGGCUGGAGGGGCAUAGUGAUGGGGAUGAAGAGGCGUAUUCGUCGGCUGCCUUAAGUCGACGGGCGGAAAUGAUAUUGGCGAAUGCGAAGAAGCGCUUGAAUGUCAUGGAAGGGAAUCUUCGAGGAGCACGACAGUCGCUUGUCAUAUCGCCCACACUCACCAGCAUGAGGGCGGAAUCAGCAUUACCCCAUCAACUGGCAGCGGUACGAGAGAGAGAUAGGAGGCUAUACGCGGGACAGGGCCCUAUACCGCCACGCACAAGACCUUAUUACUCUUCUCCGUUGUCAUCGAACAGCAGUCCGGGCCACUCCAGAGGAAUGAGCGAAACAUCCGUCCCAGUACCUUUCACCCCUGCAUACACAAGCAGACUGGUCAACAAGCGCGCAUCGAGCGCAAUGGGUGCCGCCAGUGGCCCUUGGUCCCCCGAGGGGUUCGGCCAGGGCCGUUUCCCCAUCCGAGAGUCGCGCAGUCUGGAAGCAGUGCGCGAUGCCCGGCAAGCAUGGAGCAAUCACGAAGAACGGGAUGCGUCUUUGCGGUCGUACGACUCCAGAGGUUCACGCUCACCAUCGACGCUCGAGACGUUGCCGGAGGACGUUGACAGCCCGCAGCAGCAGCUUCGGCCUUCGUCUACCACGGGGGAUCUGAAAGCGCAGAUGCAGGAUCUUAAGGGACGCAUUUCCAGUCUCAAGCAGAAGGCCAAGGAGGAUAAUUUGCGGAGGCGGAGUCUGCAGAGCUUGCGAACGCCUAGUCCAUUCACUUGUGCAGAGGCGUGGUAUGCCAGUGGAGACGCAUAUGAAACGGGCGCUUCACCUGUUACGGCAGAUGCCGGAGUGGGCACGAAGACCGAGUCGCCGGUACGGAAGACUUUGUUUGAGGAGGAGGAGCCGCGUGACAAACAUGCGGGUUCAAGCUCCCAACAUGAAGCAUCGCAGUAUGUUGCAGACGGAAAGAGGUCUAUCAAGGAAAGUUCAGGCGACGCUUAUCAGAAGGACUCACCGACCGAGCAUUAUAACGAAGACCUCCAAGACUACGAUGACGAAAACUCCGAAGACGGCCUCGACGACGAAUUCGUCUCUGUGGACGCAGACGUCGAGACUGGCGGCGACAGUGUCUAUGAGGAUGCCGUCUACGAAUUUCCGAUAACUGAACGUCACGAAGACCGAAUAGACGCCUUUGACUACGAGCACUUCUUCCUGCACAGCGCCAUGGGAUCAUACAGUUCUGGAAGGAGCAGCAGAUCCAGCUCUAGCUCGGCCGAUUCCGUGGAGACGACUAGGCCGACAACCGCGCUCUACGAUGGCGACGUGUCAGAGAAGAGGCUGUCAAUGCAUCAACGGAAUGCCAGUGUCGAUUCCGUCUCGACCGUCGCCUCGUUCGCUACCGCCGCAGCGGAACAAUCCGAUGACGAGGGAGAGGACGAAGAAGAAGAAUCCGCGCAGCUGAACCAAUUCUCCCAACGUCUCCUGCCCAGUCAGCAAUCCUUCCUCUCCAACCACACAACCAAAAACGCUCUCGGCCUCGGCAUCACAGCGCCCCGUUCCGACUCAGCCAUCAACGUCCGCAACAAAGCCAGCAGCAGCCCGCACUCCCCCGCCCUCACCACGGCCUCUCAAAUCUCCCGCGGCUCCUCUCCCGGUUCCGACCUAGCCUCCGGCCUGCAGACCUCCAAAAUCUACAACAUCCUGCUCGAAGCGCCCCCGUCGUCAUCCCAAGAGGAGGAGGUACGCCUUGCGCUGAAUGAGGAGGAGAAACAGCUUAUAUACGGCUUGGCGGCGAGCUUUCAGCAGGUGUGUGCGAGGCUGCAGAGUACGGCGGGGGAUCGGUAUGAGCGGAAGGAGUGGAGGAGGAGGUUGGACGAGGCAAGGAGGGUGUUGAGUGGGGAGGAGGUGGAGGACGGAAAGCUCCUUUCGUGA